AUGAGUAAUGUACAGCUGCUCAUAAUUGAUUUUACCAAUUUAUCAUCGGAGUCCAAAAAGAGGUUUUCAGAUGUAAGGCAGGCUUCAGAAUCAUCAAUUAAAUUAUUAAAAUUUAUAAAUGUAACUACUCCAUUAAGAGAUAUCACUGAUGAAAACAUCAAAUCACAAUUAUCAAAUACUUUAAUACUAGCUUGUGAUACUGGAAAUUUGAAAAUUAAUAAUAUUGCAAUACCUAUAAUUCAGAAGUUGUUAAAUGUACAUGGUAUCCCUAAUGCAAAACUUGGAGAAAUAAUUAAAUCACUUUCAGAAGCUUCACAUUUGGCUGUUGAAAUUCAAUUAAGAAUACUACAAUGCUUACCAUCUUUCAUGCUUGUUUAUAGUUCAGAGAUGACUGGUGCUACAUUACUUGGAUUAUUAAAUGUUUGUUCAAAUCUAACAUCAUCAAAUAAAUCACCAAUUGUUUCAAAUGCAGCUUCUGCAACUUUACAACAAUUAUUCACAAAUAUUUUUGAUAACAUUGAUGAAGCUCAAAUUACAGGAAAUAAAGAAAUUAUUUUGGAGAACGACCAGAUCUUGAAAGUUGACAAUUUAUCAUAUGAAGGAUUUCUUAUAUUUCAAGAUUUAAAUAAAAUUUUAUCAAAUAGAAAACCUGAAUAUUUAAUUGAAUCGAUAUAUAUCAAAAAUCAAUCUGCAUUAGAAAUUAUAGAGAGCAUCAUCAGUGGUCACAAAAGACUAUUCAACAAUCACAAAGAAUUAUCAUUUAUACUACGAACUCAAACAGUCCCUGCAUUACUUAAAAUAUUAAACUCACCCACCAAAUAUUUUCCAUUAGUUUUAAGAACAAUAAGAGUAAUACAAGUACUAUUAACGACUCAACUAAAUAGUUUGGAGAUCGAAAUAGAAAUUGUAAUGUCUUACUUAAAUCAUUUAUCAUUAGAUAAUGCAGAUACAAAUGGUGAAGCGUUUACUCCGGAUUGGGAGAAAUUAUUAAUUCUUGAAAUGUAUAACAACUUAUUUUCCAACUUUAAUGUUAUAAGAUCAAUUUAUGAAAAAUAUGAUCACGAUAACCUGAAGAAAGAUGUUUUGAAAGAAUUGUUUACGGUGCUAAGUACAUACAUACUAAAUGACAAUCAAUUUUUAAAUGAUAUGGUCAGACCCACUCCACAAUCAAAUAUAGAGCCUAAUACCAAUGGAACUACAAAACCACAAAAUUUUAUAUCUGCUGAAAAUUCUGGACUCAAAACUUUGUUUGUUGAUCAUCUAGAUAAACAAGAACCACCAAUAAACGUUCCAAAUUCAUAUCCAAUUUAUUUGAUAUUUGAAAUACUAAUGAAAUUCAGUGAAGGUGUAUCUAAGUUUGUCACUAAUUUAUCAAAUAAUGAAGACCAAAAGAUACUAGAAUCGAAUGUGGAUUUUAUCAAUGCAAUUAUGGAAUCAUCAGCUUCUGAAGUAACUUCACUAUUUGAAAGAUUUAUAUAUACUUCAUUAAAUGAUGCAUUAUUUCAAAAAGUUUUAAAGUCAUAUCAAAAUUUCACUCAUGCUGUUGGAUUAUUAGGAUUAAAUUCAAUAAGAGAUAAUUUAUUGUUGAGAUUAUCGAAAGCAAUUACCAAUAAUGUUUCAAAACAUGAAGUUAAAGAUGACGUUGAAACAUCAUCCAUUUAUGAAGAACAAAAGAAACAAUUGAUAGCACUUGGAGGAUCAAUAGUGGAGUCUAUAAGUUCAAGUAUACAAGGAACCGAAUCAAAUGGUAAUACAGUCUUGUUCAGAUCAAGAUACUUCAAUUCAAGACAUGUCCUUUGUUUGAAAACUUUUAGUAAUUUAGCAGUUUCUCUUGGAUCAACUUUGGGUGAAUCAUGGUCAAUUAUUUGGAUUACAUUACAAUGGGUUUCAUAUUAUUUAGAUGGACUGGAUGAAUAUAGUGGAUUGAAAGAAUCAGGUACUGCUCCAUCUUCGGCGCCUUUUUCCAGACCUCAACUUACACAAACAGAUUUUGGAAUUAUAGAUUUAGCAUUUAAAAGAUUAUUUGAUAGCAUUAGUGAAAUACCGAUAGAUUCAUUUGAAGAAAUUUUAAAAUGUUUGGGGAAUUUAACAGAUAUUGCUUUGUCAAAUGAUUUAGACGAAAAACCUAAAUUUGGACUUGUUGAAUCACCAUAUAAUAAAAUAUACUAUCUUAAUAAAAUGUUUCAGAUAGCUGAAUUAAAUACAGAAAGAUACUUGAUAAGAGAUGAUCAAAUUUGGAAUUCUUUUACUGCAUAUAUUACCAAAUUAGGUUCAAGAAGAGAUUUGAAUUUUAACUUGAGAACAUACAUAAUUGAAUCAUUCACUAAAAUAAUAGGAUUAAUGGCAUUUCAAGGAUUUAAUAAUGAUGAACUUAUAACUCAAACUGCAGUUAAAACAAUAAAUGGUUUGAAUUUAUAUUUAAUAAACUUAUUUAAACAGGGUAUACCGAAAGAAUUAUUAGUAUUAAAUUGUGAAACAGAAAUACAUUUGAUAAUAUUAACAAACUUGCAUUUUUUAAUUGAAAAAUAUGACAUGCAUUAUCAAAAUUCAUGGGAAAAAGUAUUUGAAAUUUUAAAUACACCAUUUGAAGUUACUGGAACUGAUGAUUUAAAUUUAAAAGAAAAAUUUCAAUCAUUAGUUGAGAAAUCAUUUGAAACUUUAAAAUUAAUACUAGAUGAAUUUUUAUUGUCAUUACCUUUCCAACAAUUGAAAAAAUUAAUUGAUACGUUGAUAAAUUUUGCAAAUCAAUCAUUUGAUUUAAAUAUUUCUUUUAGUGCAGUAAGUUACUUUUGGUUAAUUAGUGAUUCAUUAAAAUCAAGAUUAUCACAAUUUGAAAAUAAGAAUGUUGAAGCAUUACAAAACAUUCAACUGGAAAAUGACCUAAUAACUUAUAUAAAUUCAACAGAUGAAUCUUAUAACUCCUAUAUUUGUCUUGAUUUAUAUUUACUAUUUGGAUUAGCUAAGAUUUCAAAACAAGAAACUGAAAGAGCUCAAGUUCGAGAGGGUGCAAUACAAACAUUUUUCCAAAUUAUUGAUUUACAUGGUGUUAUAUUAGAACAAAAUUGGAAUAUGAUUUAUUCAAUCGCAUUACCUUGCUUAUUUGAUAUCGUUCCAAAAAAGACAAAUAAAGAAUGGCAAGAAACUAUAAGGUUGUUAUUGGAAGGAUUUGUUACAAUGUAUAGAAAAUUUUUCCUAACUACAAAGAUCAAUAACUUAGAAAAUAAAUGGCAAAUGAUUAUAGAUUAUAUGAAUAAAUUAUUAAACUUAAAGAAUAUCGAUAUUGAUAUGAUUGUAUUUAAAGCUUUUCAAAACUUAAUUGAAUCACCAAUAGAACUCAAUGAUGAAAUCAGUGAAAUGUUAUUUAAUUUAUGGAGUAACUAUUCAAUUGAAUAUAACUUAGUAGAUAUAAAUUAUCAAGAAUCAUUAGUUCAAUUUAUGUUAUGCUUUCCAAAACUAUAUCCAAUUAUUGAAUCGAAACUAACAUCAGAUCAAGUAAAUCAAAUUGUUGAUGUUUUUAAUAAAUCAGCAAGAUAUCCAAUAUUAUCAAUGCAACAAUCAGAUGAGAAUAAACCAAGUAAAUUACAAUCAUCAAUAUUAUCAAAUAUUAAUAUUAUAACUAAAAAAAACGUUCAAUUUCAAUCAAUCAUAAUACAAUUAUUAUCACAAAUUAUUAUAUAUCCAUAUGCAGUAAGACCAAGAAUUGAACAAAAAUUACGUCCAAAACUAUUAUCCUCAAAAAAUUAUAAAAUACCAACUUUCAAUGCUAUUAGUGUAUAUGGAUUAGAUAUAAUACGUGAAAAAUUUGAAGAAUAUGGUUAUAUUCAAUUAUUUAAUAAUGAUGAUGAUAUAAUUAAAUGUGUUAGGUCAUUAUUAGAACUUAUAGAAAAUAGAGCCUUGGGUAUAAAAUCUGAGACCAAACAAUCACUUUGGAUAGAAGCUCAAUUAAUUUUAAAAAAGAUUAUUGAAAAUUUAAUUUUAAAAGAUGAAAUUAAUGAGGAAUUGUGGAGUUUAAUUAUCAAGAAUUUAUCACUCACAUUUGUUUUCAACAGUGAAGAAAAUCAAUUGAGUUCAGAAGAUGAGUAUAUAAAAAUUCAACAAUAUAAAGAAUCAAGUGAAAUUAUAUUUCCAAAAUUAAUUAAAGAUCAAAAUAAUAUAACUUUUGAAUUAAUUGAGAAUCUUUAUUUAAAUUCUUACUUAUAUGAUUUAAAUGAAGAUGAAAAGAAAAUAAUUAAAAUCAAAGAUGAAAAUGAACAAGAAAUUAUAGAAUCAAUAAAUACAUUAACAUCAUUUGAUUUCAACAAGAAUUUUGCUACAAUUGAACCAAUACAUAUUCUUCCAAAUGAAAAAAUUAGAUUUAAUUGUCUAGUAGAGUUAUUUGAAUCAUUAAAGACAUUAAAUGCACAUAAAGAUGAAAAAUUUAGAUCCAAAUUAGAAUUGUAUAUCUUAAAAAGAAUUAGUUUUAGUAUAAGAAGAAUUAUAUCAGAUUUAAAAAUAUUAGGUAAAAAAAGACCAUUACCAAUAAUACAAAAUAAAGAAAUUAAUUUUAUAUUAAACCAACUUUUAGAAUUGGAAAAAAAUAUUAAAACUUCAAAAAGUGAAAAAGAAUUUAAAAAAUUAAAUAAAUUAAUAAUUAAAUUAAUUCCUUAUAAUUAUAGAUUUAAAGAUUUAGAGAAUAAUGAAUGGAUUAAUGUAUUACAAGAUGGUAAUGAUAAUGAUGAUGAAAAAGGUUAG